AUGGCCGAGGGGUGCUCCCACGCCGUCCCCCCUCAUCCCCUCCCCGGGGAGGUGACAGCCGCCCCCGGGGACAUCACCACGGACCCUGAACCCGCAUGGGGACAGGCUGGAGGCGUCCCCCAGGGAGAGAGUGACACCGGUGUCCCCACGGACACUGUCACCGUCACCCCGUGGGCCAGCGGCAUCACCAUCACCGUCACAGCAGCCCCGGCGGAUGAGGACACCGGGGAUUUUGGGGACGAGGACGUCCCAGGCUUCGGGGAUGAGGACAUCGGGGACGAGGACAUCUCGGUGACAAGUGACGCGGGGCACGGGGCUGUCCCAGUCCUGUGUGACAAGGACGUUGAGGACAGGGAUGUCACAACCCCAAAGGACGUUGGGGACAGGGACGUUCCAGCCUCUGGGGACAAGAAUGACAGUGACGAGGAUGUCACAGCUCUAAGGGACAUUGGGGACAGGGAUGUCGUGACCCCAAGGGACAUUGGAGACCGGGAUGGUCCAGCUCUUCUGGACAAGGACACUGGGGACAGGGAUGUCCCAGCUCCUCGGGACAGGGAUGUUGCCACCCUGAGGGACAUUGGGGACAGGGAUGUCACCACACCAAGGGAUGUUGGGGACAGGGAUGUCCCAGCUCCUGGGGGCAAAGCCAGUGGGGACAGGAAUGUCCCAGCCCUAAGGGAUGUUGGGGACAGGGAUGUCCCAGUUCCUGGGGGCAAGGCUGUUGGGGACAGAGAUGUCACCACCCUAAGGGACAUUGGGGACAGGAAUGUCCCAGCCCAUCUCAUCAAGGACAUUGGGGACAGGGAUGUCCCAGUUCCUGGGGACAAGGCUGUUGGGGACAGAGAUGUCACCACCCUAAGGGAUAUUGGGGACAGGGAUGUCCAAACCCUAAGGGACAAGGAUGUUGGGGACACACAGGUCUCAGUCCUAAGGGACGCUGGGGACAAGGACGUUGGGGACGCGCAGGUCUCAGUCCUAAGGGACAUUGGGGACAAGGACGUUGGGGACGCGCAGGUCUCAGUGCUAAGGGACAUUGGGGACAAGGAUGUCCCAGCUCCAAAGGACUUUGGGGACAGCAGUGUCCCAGUCCUAGGGGACAUCUGGGUCAAGGAUUUUGGGGACACGCAGGUCUCAGCCAUGAGGGAUGUUGGGGACCUUGGGGACAGGGAUGUCACCGCCCCAAGAGAUGUUGGGGACGGGGAUGUCUCAGCCCCUGGAGAUGCUGAGGAUGAGAACAUCGGGGAUCUCCCGGCCCUGAGGGACAUCGGGGACAUAGAUGUCCCAGUCUUAAGGGACAAUGGGGACAUUCCAGUCUCUGAGGACAAGGACACUGGGGACAGGGAUGUCCCAGCUCCUGGAGACAAGGAUGUCACCACCCUAAAGGGCACGGGGGACAGGGAUGUCCCAGCCCACCCGGUUGAGGAUGUUGGGGACAGGGAUGUCACUGUCCCAAGGGAUGUUGAGGACAUUGGAGGUAAGGAGUUUGGGGACAGGGACAUUGAGGAUGAGGACGUUGGGGACAGGGACAUUGGGGACAUGGAUGUCACAGCCCUGAGGGACGUUGGGGACAAGGACAGAGAUGUCACAGCCCCAGGUGACCCGGGGGAUGGGGACAUUGGGGACACCUGCGCCGCUGGUGGCAUCACCAUCACGGUGACGGCCCCCCCCAUGGAGGACGAGGACAUCCCCAGUGGGGACGAGGACGUUCCCAGCGAUGACAUCGCCACUGAUGUCACUGCUGCCCUCCCUGGGGAGCAGGUCCCUUGUGACGUCAUGGAGAGCGGUGAUGUCACAGCUGCCCGCCCCAGUGAUGCCACUGCAGGGCGUGACAUCCCCUCCACUCUCCCUGGGGACGUCCCUGCCAGUGACGUCAUCAAGGAUGACAUCAUUUCCUCCGUCCCUGGUGAUAUCAUGGCUGAGAGUGAUGUCACUUCCUCAAUGCCUGGGGACGACAUCAUUGUAGACCUCAUCAACAGAGAUGACAUCACUUCCUUUCUCCCCGAGGAAGUCCUCACUGGUGAUGUCGUCACCAAAACCAACGUCAUUUCCUCCCUUCCUGGGGGUGACGUUGCUGGUGGCAUCAUCCCUGGGAAUGACCUCACUGGUGACAUCAUCACUGGGGGCAUCUUUGCUGAUGAAAUAAUCACCAGGCAUGAUGUCACUUCCUCCCUUCCUGGGGAUGAGCUUGUUGGUGAUGUCAUGCCCAGAAAUGACUUCACUGAUGACAUCAUCACCAGGGAUGACAUCCCUUCUUCCCUCUCUAGGGAUAUCUGCGCUGAUGAUGUCACUGCUGGCCACGAUCUUAUUCCCUCCCUUCCUGGGGAUGACCUUGCUGUUGACAUCAUUCCUGGAGAUGACCUCACUAAUGACAUCAUCGCAGGGGAAGACAUCAUGUUUUCUGUACCUGGGGAUAUCCCUGCUGAUGACAUCAUUGUCACGGAUGAUGUCACUUCCUCCCUGCUGGGAGAUGUUGCUGGCCAAGAAGUCAAACCUGCUAGUGACAUCAUCUGUGCGAACGAUGGUGACGCAUCAGCUUGGAAUGACUUCGCUGAUGAUGUCAUGCCUGAGGAUGAUAUCACUUCUUUCAUCCCCAGUGGUAUUGCUAGACAUGGCAUCGUUCCCCAGGGUGAUGUCAGAGAUGACGUCACACGGGGAUCUGACCUUGGUGACAUCGUCGAGGGCGAUGUCACCUCCUCCCUCCCGGGUGCCCUCUCUGGCCGUGAUGUCAGCCCUGAGGAUGACAUCACGGGUGACAUCAGCCCCGGGGAGGAGCAACUGCUCCCCAGCCUUAAGGACCCCAUCCGCCCAGGCGAUGACCUCACCGAUGACAUCACCACUGACGUGCCCAGAGAGGGUGUUGGCAGCCGAGGUGAUGCCACAGACACCCCCCAGCCCCAGACGCCCCCCCCCGGCUGCCCCCUUGUCUUCCUCGCCCUCGUCUGCCUCCUUCUCGCCCUCCUCCUCCUCGCCGGGGUCUUCGCGCAUGGCCGAACGCCAACCCACGGCCCCUCCGGCUAA